AUGACGCUUGCAUACAAACCUCAAAAAAUUUCUGGGCUCAACACCCCACUAAUCACUCACACUCACCUGCUUCGACUUCAUUUCUUAGCCAACAAGUUUCCUCAAACAUAUAAUAUAAUUAUAAACCCACGCCAAAAUUCUCAUAUCAACUUCACUUAUCUUGUGCGAACAUUGUCGUCUUUCAGAGUAGAGGCCAUGAGGCAAAAGAAGAAACAGAGCAUUGUGAAAUAUGGGUACGAACCGUCUGCAGACGAAGACGAUGGUAGUUAUGAGAAAUCGGAAACUGAAAGAGCGGUUCCGGUGGAGAUUUUACGUCGGAGAAACAAGGAAAAACGCCGAUUGAAGAAAAAUGGUUGUAAUUUACAGGAUCCGUUAGUAGUAUGUGGUGGCGAUAUCAUGUUAAUGAUAUUGAGCUUUCUCGACGCACACAGUGUGGCUUCAUCACUUGUUGUUUCUUGUAGAUGGCGUAGAGUCGCUUGCAGUGAUACCAUUUGGUCUGAAAAGAUCAAAGAGCUAUGGGCCGACAAAGCUCAUCUACCUCGUUUUGCCCAAGUUGAGGGGUUGUCAAAGUUGUCUGCUUACACCUUAUCCAUUCAAGAUGGCAAACGGAAUCGAAUCUUGAAGGAAGAUCUAUGGGAUCAUGUUUGGGAGUUUCACUUUAAAGAGGGUGUCCCAGAAUAUUGGCGGAAUUUGGAUCCAUAUUGGAGAGGCACAGGGCCACUAAUGCAUCGCUACUUCCAUGAAGAUGGAAGUCAAACUGCUGAUGUUGAUGAUAAGGUAUGGGGAGGCCAUGAAUGCUGUUACUCCAUUGUUACAAGCUUCUUAGCAGAUGGAAGAAUUCGGGAACAUUAUGUAAGAAUCAAUAGUUGGCCACAACUGUCUAUAUCGAGGAAGCAUGAUUGGGGUUGGGAAAUGUCAAAUGGCCUCUAUUUAUACUCGAGUGUUCCCGAUGCUUAUAAGCCAGGUGGCACUGGUCCCUAUCUUCCUGUUCAUUAA